AUGAUCUUUAAGCACAGUGGUUUGGGUGAUGGCCAUGCAGCAGAAGGUCUGGAACGCGACAACCAGAAAGAUUACUCGCCUGUUAGGGAUAACAUUUGUGGCUGGCAGUUGCAAUUCCCCCUGCUGAUUAGAAACAGUUCUCUCCAAGAAUGGUUCCUGCGGGAUUACAACACAUCCCAGCAUUUUGUAACCAUCAGUGGAAGUUCUGUUUUGCUUCUCACAAUUGGUAUGGACAAAAGCAUCACUGUGCGGGUUGCUCGGGGCUUGCUAGGGGCGGGUCGUAACCCUCGGCUGUUUCGGGGAAGGAAUUGUCGAUUAGCUGAAUUGCGCCCGUAUGGAAGCGCCCACCUUUGCGUAUCCCCGACUUCCCAGGAGGACCUUUUCCCUGCGCCCCCGUCGGAAAGCUCGCGGUGGAUUACCUGGUUUUCCUGCGUCUGCCGGUGGUUUUUUGAGUAUCGUGGCCUAAACUUAAUAUCAGUUUUACUACAGCAGAUAUAUAUAUGUGCACACAGGAAACCUCGACCUGUCUCUCAGCUGGUUGCACAACAGGUUCCUCAGCAAUUCGUGCCCCCUACACAAUCAAAGAAAGAGAAAAAAGACAAAGUAGAAAAGGAAAAAAGUGAAAAGGAAACAACAAGCAAAAAGAACAGUCAUAAGAAAACCAGGCCAAGGUUGAAAAAUGUGGAUCGAAGUAGCGCCCAGCAUUUGGAAGUUACCGUUGGAGAUCUCACAGUCAUAAUUACAGACUUUAAGGAGAAAACUAAGUCACCACCUGCUUCCAGUGCUGCUUCUGCAGAUCAACACAGUCAGAGUGGCUCUAGCUCUGACAACACAGAGAGGGGAAUGUCCAGGUCAUCUUCACCCAGAGGAGAAGCGUCAUCACUGAAUGGGGAAUCUCAUUAAAGUUUAUUUCCUCCAGUUUCUUUAGUCUCUUCUCUUCAAAACAUGCAAAUACAUAACUUCUGUCACCUGUUACCACAUUUUCAUGACAGAUUAUCCAUGCACAAUUGGUAUGUUGACUGGAACAUAAUUUAUGCAUUUAAAAAAAAAAAAAACCCUCCAGUGGUGGAAACAAUAAUUUAAAUGCAAUCUACAAAUGCUUACAAAGCCUUUUCAGACCAACUUUUUAAUCUUCAUGUGUAAAGGUGCCAUGAAAAUGUGGUUUGAAUGUUCAUUAUGCAGUGUUAUUGGUAAGUCCAUUUUCACUUUUAGUUUAGUGAAUUCUAACACAACUCUUGGAGUCUCUACUAUUGGCAUGUACUGAAUUUAAAUUUUUAUAACAUAGUUCAAGCUGCCUAAAUAUGUAUUAUUUGAGAAUUGUGAAACAUAGUUAUAUGUAUGCAAGUCAGAGAUCAACUUAAUCAACUAUUGCUGCAACAGAAUUUUCAUAAUAAUUAUCUUCUUAAAAACACCUGCUGGUACUUGGUGUGGUUAAAUAGGAAAAAUGUUAUUAAAUAAAACAUUUGUAUGAAUUUUUGCCAAUGUUUGACACAUUUUACUAGAUUACUGUUACUGAAUUAUGUUUUACCAAUAUUUUUUCACACUUAAAACACUUAUUGUAAUGUUUACAAGCAAAAUAGAAAACACAUUCUAAGCAUUGAUUGGUUAACCUUACAAUUCAGGUAAAGUACUACAUUGUCACUGUACACUGGUAUUCUAUGUUGUGUAACAAAUGUGGAACCUCAGAUGACUAUGCAUUUGGCAAAAACUAAUAUUUGGAAAUAUGAACAUUUGGAAAAGCUUUAAAAAUAACAGAAAUGCAGUUCUGAUUUCUGCUUAGUGCUGUUUCCUUGCCCCAAAUUUAUCUAGUGUCAUAUAGUCACUUAUCAUUUCAUUACAGGAAUAUCAGAUGUUGCACAAGAAUAAGGAAAUAACAGUACUAUUAAUUUUUUGUUCCUGAAUCAGUUUCUUUAAUUUUGAUUUGGCCUAUUAGAAUAUAUUAUGUCAUAAAUCAUGCAAAAAACCCAGUACCCUACUUUAUGGCAUAAACUGUCAACAUUUAUGCACUUAGCAAUAUACUGAUACAGAGCAGAACUAUUUACAAUCCCAUCUGGUAUUAUGUAAAAUUACCAAUAAAAUAUUUUUGUGAAUACAGAUUUUGCAUUUUUGUUUACAGCCAAUAAGUGUUUUGAUGCACACAUACAAUCCAUGUAUAGAGUUUAAAUUAUAGAUUCAGGUUCAGUACAAAAGUCCAUUUAGCUCUUUUUAGUGAGGUAGUCCACUUACACUCCUGUGAUUCUUUUCUUUUUCAUUCAAAAUAAAUAUAUUUUUAAGCCCAUGUAAAAGUUGAAUGGACCUUUUUGGUAGUGAAUCCAGCCCCAAAUUAUUACCGACAUAUGAUACGUCUUCUUAACAGCUAAAGCAAUGGAUUUUUGUAGCCCCUGACAAUUGUGAUGUUUGGUGGUUUCUUGUAGUAAUGUAUUUUUCUGUUUUUAAUGCAGUACUUCUACAGGCACAAUGGUACUGUUCUAUUUUGUAAGAUGCUAGUUGUGAAAUACAGUUAGUUGCAUAAAAUGAAAGUCUGAUGUGAUAUCUGAGAACAUACAUACCUCAUUCCUUGGUGUUGCUGUUUAAACUUUUUAGACAUCAAAUGUUAAUUAUAGGCUAUUUCAGAUGGAUAACUACUGACCUGUUUAUUAUGUAUUCUGCUUUAUCUUACUAAAUAGGAUGUCUGUUCAUUGCCGUUACCUGGCCAAAUCUUAGUAUCUGUAAA